UAUGAUAAGCAUCAAGGGCCUAAGUUUAAGAUUUAGCGAUGUUGGAUUAUGAUAAGCAAGUAUCUGUUGGUGAUUUAAAUCCCAGUGUACUUCGGAGGCUUUUUCAAAGUAUCUGCAAAAUGGCUCAUAAUUUGGAUGAAUUUAUUGAAGAGCAAAAAGCCAAAUUGGCCAAAGACAAGGCAGAAUUGGAAAGGGAUCCACCAUACAUGGAAAUGAAGGGAAAGCCAUCAGAGAAGCUUUCUGAAAACAGUAAAAUAUUAAUCUCCAUGGCGAAGGAAAACAUACCACCCAACAGUCAACAGGCGAAGGGCUCCUUAGGAAUUGAUUAUGGGUUAAGUUUACCACUUGGGGAAGACUAUGAACGGAAGAAACAUAAACUAAAAGAAGAAUUGCGACAAGAUUACAGACGCUAUCUUACUCAGGGUAUUACAGAAGCAAAAAGAAAGAAAAAUUUUCUAUCCACGAGUGAAACAGAUCCAUCUACUCUGGGAGUUUCUCUUCCUAUUGGUGAGAGGUUAUCUGCCAAGGAAAGGUUGAAACUUGAACGCAACAGAGAAUAUAAUCAAUUUCUCAGGGGUAAGGAAGACUCCACUGAAAAGUUCAGACAGGCAGAAAACAGUACUGAGCACAAGAGUCAAAGAACUAAAAAACCUAUUAGUCAGGUUAAGCCUGGUUUACUUUCACAAAUACAAACAUCUUUGGAAAAUUCAGAGGGUGCUAGGAGAGAUGUCUUAACUCCUUCGGAGGCAUAUGAAGAGCUUCUAAACCAAAGACGACUGGAGGAGGACAGAUACCGACAACUAGAUGAUGAAAUUGAAUUAAGGAAUAGAAGAAUCGUUAAGAAAAUCAAUGAAGAAGUGGGCAUUUCUAAUAAAAAACAUCACAGGUUUGCCAGCAAGGUUGACAUUCCCGAUAGAAGAUUUCACAGGCUUGAUGAGGAUUUUGUGUUUGACAGACAGUAUUACAGACCAGACCAAGAUCCUGAAGUAAGUGAAGAAAUGGACGAGAGGUUUAGAUACGAAAGUGAUUUUGAUAGAAGACCUUUGAGAGUGUAUACAAAUGACAGGCUGUUCGGGAACAGAGGAGGGAACGAGCUUGCCAUGGAGCAUGGUGGUGAUGUCACACAGCAGUCAAACAUACGAAUUUCAUCUGCUGGAGAGAAAAGUGCUCAAGACAAUGAACCAUCCAGAUCUACUAACCGAGAGAUAUGUAGUCCUUUUGUGGGUAUGCUCUUUGGAGGGGAAGAUCGAGAGCACAUUCAGAGAAGGAAAGAGAAAUACAGAUUAGAACUAUUGGAACAAAUGGCUGAACAACAGAAGAAUAAGAGACGAGAAAAGGAUUUGGAACUCAGGGUUGCAGCUUCUGGAGCACAGGACCCUGAGAAAUCCUGGAAUGAAUUACUUACAUCAUUGCAGUUAAGUAAGAAGAAGCCUGAUAGACUAAAGCAGUUUAGUGUGGCACCACGACACUAUGAAGAGAAGAUACCACCCGAAAGGCCCAGAGUAGCUUUCCAGACACCUCUCCCUCCUUUGUCGGCCCCAUCUGCCCCACCCAUCCCUCCAGUUCACUCCUUCCCAUCUCAGAGUGAAGAUUUGCACAGUGGCCUCAGCAGCACCCUUGGUGAAAUGGUGCCUCCCAGGAUUGCACCUCUGCCUCCACCUCCCCUUUUACCCCCUUUGGCUACUAGCUAUCGAACUCCUUACGAUGAUGCGUACUAUUUUUAUGGAGCCAGGAAUACUUUGGACCCUGGUCUUGCUUAUUAUGGUUCAGGAAUGGUGGGAGCACAGCCUGCAGCUUAUGUUAGCGCUCCCGUUGCCCACCAGCCAGCACCACCUAUUAUGAAUAUGGUUGGACAGAAUGAAUUGAAAAUGACAAGUGAUCGCGCAAUAAAUUCAGGAUUGUUUUUUGAAGAUAAACCAAAGCCUUCAAAGCAGUCACUUCAGUCUUACCAGGAAGCUUUGCAGCAGCAGAUUCGGGAAAGAGAAGAAAGAAGGAAGAAAGAACGAGAAGAAAAGGAAGAAUAUGAAGCUAAACUAGAAGCAGAAAUGAGAAGUUACAACCCCUGGGGGAAAGGCGGAGGUGGUGCUCCUCUCAAGGAUGCAAAGGGAAAUCUGAUAACUGAUUUGAAUAGGAUGCACAGACAAAAUAUAGAUGCCUAUCAUAACCCAGAUGCAAGAACAUAUGAAGAUAAAAGGGCUGUUGUAUCACUAGACCAAAAUUUAGCCACUUCAAAUCCUGAGAACCUAGAAGAUUCUGCAAAUAAAAAUUCAGGUCAUAUGCAAACACAGAGCUCUCCUUUUGCUCGGGGAAAUAUAUUUGGUGAGCCUCCAACUGAACUUCAGAUUAAACAGCAAGAAUUAUACAAGAAUUUUCUUCGUUUUCAGAUUGAAGAAAAGAAAAAAAGAGAGGAAGCAGAGCGAGAGAGACUAAGAAUUGAAGAAGAAAAAGAAGAAAAACGGCUCGCAGAACAGAGGGCACGAAUCCAGCAAGAGUAUGAAGAGGAACAGGAAAAGAAAAGGGAGAAGGAGGAGGAGCAAAGGCUAAAAAAUGAAGAGCUUAUUCGGUUAGCUGAAGAAAGACGAAAAGAAGCAGAAAGAAAGAAGAAAGAAGAAGAAGAGAAACAUAACCUACAACUUCAGCACUAUUAUGAAAGAGAAAAUACAGUUGGGGAAGAAACAAAGCACUUGAGACAGCCUUCUCCCGUAGUUCCUGCUCUUCAGAACAAAAUUGCAAGCAAACUCCAAAGACCUCCUUCAGUUGACAGCAUUAUAAGUUCCUUUACGCAGGAACGUUCCGUGUCCCGGGCGCAGUCUCCUCCGGUACCUGCCAGGAAGAAUCAGCUCCGUGCCGAAGAGGAGAAAAAAAAUGUGAUUAUGGAAUUAUCAGAAAUGAGAAAACAGCUUCGUAGUGAAGAGCGCCGUCUGCAAGGGCGCUUGCUACACAUGGACAGUGAUGAUGAAAUUCAUAUAAGGAGAAGAGAACGGAACCCCAUGGGAAUCUUUGACAUGGCCCGACAUCGGCUGCAAGCGCCGGUCAGGAGACAGUCACCGAAGGGCCUAGACCCUACUACUUUCCAGAAUAUUCAGGACUUCAGUGAGCUGAAAGAUAGAGAUUCAGAAACACGAUUUGACCUGAAACUUAUGUACCCGGAUCCUCCGAGAGAUCGUCACACCUUAGAGAUUCAGCAGCAAGCUCUGCUGAGAGAGCAGCAGAAGAGACUGAAUAGAAUGAAAAUGCAGGACGGCGCUGAAGAGGGCUUGGAUGCUAUCCCAGCUGCUAAAAUGCAAGACCAAAGAAUGCCCAGAGAUGACACUAAUGAUUUCUUGAAAAAUUCAUUAUUGGAAUCCGAUAGUGCUUUUAUUGGUGCUUAUGGCGAGACGUACCCUGCCUUUGAGGAGGACACGUUCCUUCCACCAUCACAGUUGCCCUCUGCCCGGGAACGCAGGAGGAACAAACAGAAGGGCCUGGGCUUUGAUAACAGUCGUCCUAAUGUACCACCAGAUGGUCUCUCUUUAAAAUCUGUAUCCAGUGUAAAUAUUGAUCAGAUUAGAAUGAGAAAUGAGGAACGAAUGCGAAGAUUGAAUGAACUUCAAAAUAAACCUAUUAAUACAGAUGACGAGAGUUCACUGGUUGACCCUGAUGACAUCAUGAAGCACCUGGGUGACGACGGAUCCAACUCUGUAGCAACUGAACCCUGGCUCCGCCCGGGCACCUCAGAAACACUGAAACGAUUCAUGGCAGAGCAGCUGAACCAAGAGCAGCAGCAGGUUCCUGGAAAACCAGGCACUUUCAGUUGGCAGGGCCUGUCUACUGCACACGGUUAAAUAAACUUGGACUGGACCCAGCAGUGCCUUUGAAGGUGAAAGGAUGUUAAACCUGAGCCGUUAGUAAUAUGUGCCCCUUUGUCCCUUACCUGAGUUCCUGACGUUCCAUCUGUGUAUAAAGUGUAGCUUUUCCUUGAUGAUGUAUAUAGUGUAUAUUAUGUACAUAAAUAAAAGGCCAUGGCUAUUUAUAUUUGAUGUAGAAUUGUAUAGAAUUAUUUUUGCAAAAUUUUGCCAUAAUUUAGGGUGGUAAUGAACUCUUGGAAUCAACUACCGUAUGUGCAUUAUUAUAAAUUUUGCUUGUAAGAUAAGGUGAAUAAAACACAAGUGUCUUAACAGUCCUAUAAAACCAGAAAACUCUGUGCACAUUUGCCAUUGUUACUGCUAUUCAAUUUACUAGUAAAUACAUUGGUUGUAGUUGUGACUAUUCUAGUUGCUACAUAGUGAAAUCAAAGGUACUAGUUAGUCAUUUUCAUGGCAUUUAUAGCUACUGAUUCAGUAUAAAUGAUGGCAGUCAUACCUGAUUUUAGUCCCUUGAGCCAUGCACUAAAUGUUACAUCUUUCUGCCUCUAUUUUUGUGCCUAUGAAGGUACUAUGUUUCUAAUUUAUAUGAUUUAAUUACUUAUGGAUAGAAAUAAAUUAUUUUCAUUACUAACGUUGGUUUCUUAUUUUAACUAAAAUUCAGGUCUCUACACAGGGUGUUCUAGAAGUUGAAGAGAGGCAGGAACACCAGGGUCCAGGACAGGGCCUGGAACCCCUGUGCUACCAAGGACCCAAACCUUUCUUAUUUAGAGUCUUUAGCACCAUGACAGCUGAGAACACCCCCCAGGCACUGCUGCUUGCACAUUUCCACGGACAUAAUUAAUGGCAGAGAUGAGAUCAGAUUAAGUGUAUCUCACAUGUGAAAUUUCUGAUGCUUUGAAUUUUAGCAGCAUGUAAAUUUUAUACUCAAUUUUGUGGUCUAACCAUUGUUUUCUUAACUGUAAAGAUUUUUCUUGUAUCUUCAUCUGAAAGUAAGAUGAAGGCCUGUCUCCUAUAGGGAGAGGCCUGAUAUUAUACCGUAAAAUAAACCACCAGGUUAUUUGAAACACUUAACCUCUCGGACAGUCCCGAAGGUCAUGGAGGCUCCAGCUACCGAGGUGGGUGACUCCCAGCUGUAGUAUCAAGCUGGGCUUGAACAGUGUCUUAAGGGUAAUAAAUAUGGUGGACUUAUAAAUACAUCAUUAAUAACUGCUCAUUACCUAAGAGAGGUGUGAGAGCUAAGCCUGAACACUUGU